AUACAAUGUUGUAUUUCCCCUUCUCUCCAUUAGGCACGGUGACAGCGUUCAUUUUCACAGAGCAACCUGAACGCAGCAUCCGGAGCGAUGCAUUGAGAGGUUGAGAUGAGAAGAAGGACGAUGAAAACAAAGAUGGACAUCCAACGAAAAUAGCCUAGCUGUCUUUGUCAGACCUCUGACUGGCACUUCACGAAGAACCCGAGGGGAGAAAAGUGAGAGGCCGGAGUUCAGAACCAUGGAGGCUCGCUUUGCUAAUAUUGUGUUCAGCUCCAAGUUUGACUCAGGGAACCUGGCACGUGUGGAGAAGGUGGAAAAGGGCAGCUCCAGCCCUCCUACUGAGAUAGCUCCCAGUGGGACUGCCCUCUCAGGGUCAAACCUUACCCCUGACUAUGAGUUCAAUGUGUGGACGCAGCCAGACUGCGGUGGCACAGAACAUGAGAAUGGAAACAGAUCAUGGUUUUACUUCAGUGUACGGGGUGCCGCACCUGGCAAGAUACUGAAGAUCAAUGUGAUGAACAUGAACAACCAGAGGAAGCUCUACAGCCAGGGCAUGGCUCCUCUCGUACGCACUUUACCUGGCAAGAACCGGUGGGAAAGGGUCCGGGAGAGACCCACAGCUGAGAUUGUAGAUAACCAGUUCAUUCUCUCGUUCACUCAACGGCUGUCGGAGACACGCGGGGCGACCACCUACUUUUCUUUCUGCUUCCCGUUCUCUUAUAGCGAGUGCCAAGAGAUGCUGCAGCAGUUUGACAAGAGCUACCCCAAUGCAGCUCAACUCAGUCCGAGCAGUGCCCCGGGCAGUGUGUAUUAUCAUAGGGAGUUGUUGUGCCACUCUCUAGAUGGCAAUAGGGUGGACCUGCUCACUGUGACCAACUGCAACGGGAUGCAAGAGGAGAGAGAACCCCGUCUGCCUAAGCUGUUUCCCGACACCAACACUCCAAGACCACAGUGCUUCUCCAGCAAAAGGGUGUUUUUUCUCAGCAGUCGAGUACACCCUGGGGAGACUCCCUCAUCCUUUGUGUUCAACGGUUUUCUCAACUUUAUCCUAAGAAGAGAUGACCCUCGUGCUCAUGCGCUUCGAAACAUGUUCGUGUUCAAGCUCAUUCCCAUGCUCAACCCAGACGGGGUCGUUCGUGGGCACUACAGGACUGAUUCCAGGGGCGUGAACUUGAACAGACAAUACCUGAACCCCAGCCCUGAGCUGCACCCUUCCAUCUAUGCAGCCAAAACACUUUUGCUCUAUCAUCACACACACAACCGCCUGCGCAACACACAGUCCAACACUCACUGUAACAGCCCCACACACACGCAGGCCCCGCCCCUUAGCGUCAAACCCGCCAAUCAGCACCAGUCUCCUCCCUUCACCGCCCUGGAAGUCAGCUUGAACCAACGGAACACAGAGAAGGAUGCAAAUCCCGCGCCGCCAGAAGUUCCCAUGGUGAUGGAGGAAAAUGCCUGGGUGACCACAGAGAUGGGGAAGGGAAACCAGAACAGCUCAUCAAGUUCCUUGGAGACUGUAGCUCCUGUUACUGUGGAGGUAACGGUACCACAGGUGGAGGAACAGGAAUCAAUUCCACCACAGGAGGGGGGCGUGGCGUAUUAUGUGGACUUACAUGGUCACGCCUCUAAACGGGGAUGCUUCAUGUACGGAAAUAACCUUCCUGAGGAGAGCCAGCAGGUAGAGAACAUGCUGUAUCCGAGGCUGAUUGCCAUGAACUCUGCCCACUUUGAUUUCCUGGGCUGUAACUUCUCAGAGAAAAACAUGUACGCACGAGACAAGAGAGAUGGCCAGUCUAAAGAAGGCAGCGGGCGGGUGGCCAUUCACAAGGCCAUAGGGCUGCUUCACAGCUACACUUUAGAGUGCAACUACAACACAGGAAAGACCAUGAACACCAUCCCGCCUGCUUGCCAUGACAACGGACGCGCAACCCCACCUCCACCUCCAUCAUUCCCUCCAAAAUACACUCCAGAAAUAUUUGAGCAGGUGGGGCGUGCCGUGGCUAUCUCAGCCCUGGAUAUGGCCGAGUGUAACCCCUGGCCACGGCUGGUGCUGUCUGAGCACAGCUGCCUGAUGAACCUUCGAGCUUGGAUCCUCAAGCACGUCCGCAACACCAAAGGCCUGAACUCGAACACCCACGCUCAUCCUCCACCAAGAAUACACCACAAUGGCAACAAGGCGUCACCGCCAAAGAGCUUCAACAACUGUCUGUCUGGCUCAGCUUCGGAGAACACUCUCAGUCGCAUUCGCUGCAACAGCCACAGUAGCAGCAGCCAGACACCCUCCCCGAAGAUGCACAACUCCCCGAGCUUUACUUUCGGCUGCCCGCCACCCCGAACUCAGCACAACAGCACGCACACCAGCGGACGUGGAGGCAACAAGACACUCGGGCCAGUCAGGGACCCUAAGCCUCAGGAGAAGAGACGCCCCCCCCCACCACCGCUCCAUCCUACGGUCUCCCAGCAACACCACACACCCUCCCGCCCCCCACCCUCACCCCCUUCCUCGUCCUCCUCCUCGUCUUCCUCUGUGUGCGCAGCGGGCUCCUGUCCCCUCCCGGCCUCCGUCAGUAUGACAGGCGUCAGCUGCCCAGACUUUCAGGCUGGUGGACCCAGUUCAGCGGGCUGGUCCAGAAUGCCUUUCCCUGUGCGGCGUGUGGGGAGAGGGUGCCGGACUCUUACAAUCACUCAUCACCCCGAAGGAGCCCGCACAGAGACUGCUAAAGACUUGGGGGCUGAUCACAUCCUUUCCUCCAUCAAAUUUAGCAAGUGUGAGCUGCAGCCUCACAUGAGCCGCAUCCCCAUCCGCAGGGCGGAGUCGACUGAAACGCCCCCCGCACAAGACAGUAAAACAUCCCCUACCAGCAAUAGCCCCGUCUCAUCUGGAGAUAAGGAAGAGUCAGCCACCAUGAAGGUCUGGAAGCUGCUUAGACCUGGCCUCCAUCGACACCUGUCACUGUCAGGUGUAUCGGGGAAAGAGGGUGCCAUGCAGUUGGCCUCUAAAGCACUGAUGAAGAAAAGCCCAGACAGGAGUCUCAACUACAAAGCAAACACUAUUAUAGAAACCGCAAACGAGACGGAUGAAACAGAGCAACAGGUUGAGGAACCUCCAGUGAUGCCUCUGCCUGAGAACAUGUGUGAGACGGUGACGCUGUGUGGAGAAGCCUAGGAACUGCACAGAAGAGGAGGCACUCGUGUGUGUAAAUGUCUGUAUUUGCUUAAUGUGAGCCUAAACUACCAUAUCGUGACCAAAACCAUUUUAAACUAGGUAACAGGAAGGCACAUUGUCAUCACAGGAGGAUUAUUUGGGGCAUAUCAGUGUGCAAUACAACAUCUCUAACAUUGUUUGUUCAGAUUUUUCAAGAGCAUGCAUGGUAUUUUCAACCAUGCCGUUCAACAUAGUCAGACUGUGGAGCUGUCCAGUUCAACAAUUGAACAGCUUUACUGGAGGAGCUGGAGGUGUAGUGCCUUGCUCAAUGAAACCACAACAGUGGCUGAGGUAGGGGAGAGGUACAAACCUUCCCCCAUCCAAGUUUUCCGACUCAUCAAGAAUCCGUAGACUUGAAAUAUCCUUUAACCUUUCGACUACAAUAAUCGUACCUCACAUAUCUGUUUUUGUAAUUUUAGUCUUGCCUCCUGAUGUCCCCUCCCCCAAAAAGAUGUUAACUGCACUCUGACCAACACUGUAAUGCACUGGUAAGUUUUUUUUACAGUCAGCCACUUGCACUAUUACAGCAAAGGGUUGAUUUUUAUUCCGACUGACAAGCACGGCAGCACCUUUAUAACCUCCUUAUUUCCAUUGUGACUUUAGAUACAAAUGUGUGAGUGAUGUGUGUAUUUAAUGUAAUUAUUACAGAAGUUCUUUGUGUUUUGCAUAUAGUGCCUAUAGAAGGUAUUCACCCCCAAUGGACAUUUUCAUGGUUUGUUUUACUGAUUUAAGUAGGAUUUUUGACUCUGAUCAACAGCAAAGAAACUGAAAUAUGAAAAUUGUAAAGUGCAAAAAUGAAACAAUAAUUAACUGCACAAGUAUUCAACCCCCUUCAUUAUAACAUGAAUACAAUUUCCACUGGUGCAGCCAGUUGGAUUCUCAUAUUGAAUGGAGAUCACCAACCACUAGUUAGAAAGGACAAUAAUAAGGUUACUGAAAGAGUACGGUAAUAAAAAAAAUCCAAGACUCAGGAAUAUCUCUUUGAGUGAAGUAAGAAGAGUUAUUAAAAAUGGGG